AUGGACAUUGUGAAUAACCCAAAUGAGAUAAAUAAUUCUGAUGAUGUAAUUAGCUGUGAAAAUGUGAAUAAAUCGGGAGAUAUAAAUAACCCAACAGAUAUAAAAAAUCCAGAUGAUGUAACUGAUAUUCAUGGUUCAAUAAAUGAAAAUAUAAAAAAUUCGGAUGGUAACAACAUGAGUGUAUGUGACCUUAAAAAUGUUGUCUCACCAAUUAAUAGUAUUAAUAAUAAUAGUAAUAUAAAUAAUAGUGAUAAUAUAAAUAAUAAUGAUAAUAUAAAUAAUAACGAUAAUAUAAAUAAUAACGAUAAUGCAAAUAAUAUACAUAAUAAUAGUAAUAGUAACAACAUUAUUAUUAAUAAUAACAAUAAUGAUAAUGCCAAAUAUAAGAACUCCAACGAGGGUAGUGAUUUUCAUAAAGAUAAUGCGACAAGUGAACAUGAACAAACAAAGAAUGAUAAUAACCUAAAUAAUUUAUCAUCUUGUCAAGAAAAUGUAACAAAUAGUGAAGAAGAAAAAAAAAAAGUAUAUCAACUAGUAUAUGAUUUAUGCUUUUCUGAUAAAAGAGAAAAUGCUUUACUUGAAUUAUCUAGAAAAAGAGAAACAUAUCAUGAUAUUGCUCCAGUUCUUUGGAAUUCGUUUGGAACCAUUACAACAUUAUUACAAGAAAUUGUUUCAAUAUAUCCACAGUUGUCACCACCUUUAUUAACUACAUCAUCAUCAAAUCGUGUUUGUAAUUCAUUAGCUCUUUUACAAUGUGUAGCGUCACAUCCAGAAACAAAACAACAUUUUUUGAAUGCACACAUUCCAUUGUUUCUAUAUCCUUUUUUAAAUGCUGAAUCUAAAAAUAGACCUUUUGAAUAUCUAAGAUUAACAUCUUUAGGUGUCAUAGGUGCUCUUGUCAAAGUAGAUAAUCCAGAGGUAAUAAAUUUUCUUCUACAAACAGAAAUUAUACCUUUAUGUUUAAGAAUUAUGGAAACAGGAAGUGAAUUAUCAAAAACAGUUGCAACUUUUAUUGUUCAAAAAAUUCUCAUUGAUGAAUUAGGAUUAAAUUAUAUAUGUGCAACACCAGAAAGAUUUUAUGCUGUCUCAGCAGUACUAGCUAAUAUGGUUAAUUCUCUUGUUGAAAAUCCUUCCUCUAGAUUACUUAAGCAUAUAGUACGUUGCUAUUUAAGAUUAUCAGAAAAUACAAGAGCUCUAGAAGCUUUGAAAUAUUGCUUGCCUGAACCAUUAAGACAUGUUCAUAAAGCAUUCUUGCCAUGCUUAAAAGAAGAUCCAUUUACAAAAAAAUGGUUAUUACAAUUGUUGUUUAAUAUAAAUAAUGAUGAUGAAAAUCUUACUACGAAAAAUCCAAACUUUAUUAAUCAUAAUACAAACCAAAAUAUAUCAAAUAUAAAUAAUCAAACUGUAUCAAAUAUAAAUAAUCAAACUGCAUCAAAUAUAAAUAAUCAAACUCUAUCCAAUAUAAAUAAUCAAACUGCAUCAAAUAUAAAUAAUCAAACCCUAUCCAAUAUAAAUAAUCAAACAGCAAAUAAAAUGCCUACAAAUGUAUAUACAAAUUUAAAUAUUCCAACAUCAUUAAAUGAUAUCAAUAAUAAUAUGCCAAAAAACGAAACACACACGAAUAAUCAUAAUAUAAAUGAGAACAUCGACAACAACUCAAGUCAAACCUUCAACAAUAAAAUGAAUGAUACUAACCUUAAAGAUGUUAAAGCUACUAAUAAUAAACUCAAGGGUGAUAUAACUAAUAAUGAUAUUAACGACAACAAUAUGGAUGAUGUUAAUAAUAAUAUGAAUGAUAAUAAUAAUAAUAAUAAUAAUAAUGAGAUUAUGAAUGAUGAUAAUAAUAAUGAUAAUGUGGAUGAAAAUUGUAUAAAUAAUAAUAAUACGAAUGAUAAUUAA